GUAAGCGGGCCUUCAUCGAAGCGAAGAAGCGAAUUGCGAAUGUCGUCCGCAAUUAUUUGAAGAUUAUUUCUUUAUUAAAUAGCAGAAACGCAAAGCAAAAUUCUGUCAAAAUUGUGCGCGUUCGUGCCCGAUGUCUAGUGCUGAAGUCGCCGAUAAUUCCGUUGACCCCCCGGCGAAAAAGCGGAAGCUAAAUACAGGAGAAGCGAGUUGCAAAUCCUCAGCAAUGGCGAACAAUGGAACGCGUGUGGAAGAUGAAAUUGACGAGAGUUUGUAUUCGAGACAAUUAUACGUACUUGGGCAUGAUGCUAUGCGUCGAAUGGCGAGUUCGGACGUUUUGGUUUCCGGCCUUGGCGGUUUAGGGGUAGAAGUUGCGAAAAAUGUAAUACUCGGCGGCGUAAAGUCGGUAACUCUUCACGAUGACCGUGCAUGUACUGUUGCCGAUUUGUCGUCUCAGUUUUACUUAUCAGAGGCCUCGAUCGGUCAGAAUAGGGCUUUAGCAUCCCGUGAGCAGUUGGCUGAACUUAAUCACUAUGUACCAACACUGGCGCAUACGGGCCCAUUAGAUGAGGAAUUUUUAAAAAAGUUUCGGGUGGUCGUAUUGACCGGAGCAUCUAGGGCGGAACAGGAACGCGUAGCGGCUAUUACGCAUGCUAACAAUAUAGCGCUGGUCAUUGCAGACACUAGAGGCCUGUUCUCACAGGUAUUUUGCGACUUUGGGCCAGAGUUUACCGUGAUUGAUGUAACUGGUGAGAACCCGGUAUCGGCUAUGGUGGCUGACAUCACCUGCGAGUAUGAAGCUGUUGUUACCUGCUUGGACGACACUCGCCAUGGACUCGAAGAUGGGGACUAUGUAACAUUCAGUGAGGUUCAAGGCAUGUCAGAAUUAAAUGGGUGUGAACCACGAAAAAUUAAAGUACUAGGACCAUAUACCUUUAGCAUUGGAGACACCACCAACUUCUCCAAAUACAUUCGUGGAGGUAUUGUCACGCAAGUAAAGAUGCCCAAGAAACUUAGUUUUAAACCCUUCCAAGAGUCCUUAAAGAGCCCAGAGUUUCUGAUCACCGAUUUUGGUAAGAUGGAUUAUCCACAACAACUUCAUGUUGCUUUCGAUGCCCUCCACAAGUUUGAAGUGGGAGAAGGACGUCUGCCGAAGCCCUGGAAUAAUGAUGAUGCAGCAAAAUUCAUGGAUUAUGUAAAAAAUAUUAUGGAAAAGGAAGAGCUAUUUAAGAGUGGAGAGUUAGAAAUUAAUAAUGAGCUUAUGGAGACCUUCUGUAAGACAUCAUCUGGCGAUUUAAAUCCAAUGAAUGCUGCUAUUGGUGGAGUAGUUGCUCAAGAAGUAAUGAAAGCUUGUUCUGGAAAGUUCCAUCCAAUUGUCCAGUGGCUUUACUUAGAUGCGAUUGAGUGUCUUCCUAAAGAUCGCUCAAACCUGACCGAGGAGAACUGCGCGCCGACUGGAUCAAGAUAUGAUGGUCAAAUUGCUGUAUUUGGCAAAGACUUCCAGAAGAAACUUGGAUCAUUAAAGUACUUUAUUGUUGGUGCUGGUGCUAUCGGCUGCGAGCUCCUGAAGAACUUUGCGAUGAUCGGCGUGGGCGCGGACGGCGGUUGCGUCACCGUCACCGACAUGGACCUCAUCGAGAAGUCAAACCUCAACCGACAAUUCCUCUUCCGCCCUCACGACGUGCAAAAACCUAAAUCUAGCACGGCUGCUAAGGUAAUUAAGCGUAUGAAUCCAUUAAUGAAUGUGGUGGCUCAAGAAAACCGAGUCUGCCCCGAAACCGAAUCGGUUUACGACGACGUCUUCUUUGAGGAGUUGGACGGCGUCGCUAAUGCCCUGGACAACGUUGAUGCUCGUAUAUACAUGGACCGGCGCUGCGUGUACUACAGGAAGCCCCUGCUCGAAAGCGGUACUCUCGGCACAAAGGGGAACACGCAGGUCGUAGUUCCUUUCCUCACCGAGUCCUACAGCUCGUCCCAAGACCCUCCAGAGAAGAGUAUCCCGAUCUGUACACUCAAGAACUUCCCCAACGCCAUCGAGCACACGCUGCAGUGGGCCCGAGAUGAGUUCGAGGGGCUCUUCCGGCAAGCGGCCGAGCACGCGGCGCAGUACCUGCAGGACCCACACUUCCUGGAGUGGACCAUGAAACUGCCCGGCAGUCAGCCUUUGGACGCUUUGGAGAGUGUUAGGAAUGCUAUUAAUGAGCGUCCUCGUAACUUUGAUGACUGCGUUACUUGGGCUCGCUUGCAUUGGGAAGCUCAAUACUCUAACCAGAUCAAACAGCUUCUGUAUAAUUUCCCCCCCAAACAAACAACGACUAGUGGUGCUCCAUUUUGGUCUGGACCUAAACGCUGUCCAUCUCCAUUAGAUUUUGAUCCAGAAGAUGAAUUGCAUCUUGAUUAUAUAGUAGCUGCUGCCAAUCUUAGAGCGCAGGUUUAUGGAGUUCCGAGCUGUGUCGAUCGAGAAAGAAUUGCAAAUGUUGCUCGCAGUGUUCAGGUACCGAAAUUCAAACCGAAAUCUGGGGUCAAAAUCGCAGUAACAGAUGCUCAACUGCAACAGAACAACGACGACAUGGACCAGGACAGGGUAAAGAACAUCGUCUCCGAACUCCCGCCGCCCAGCAAACUUGGUAACUUAAAGAUCACACCCCUCGACUUCGAAAAAGACGACGACACGAACUUCCACAUGGACUUCAUCGUAGCUGCGUCUAAUUUACGUGCAGCCAAUUAUAAGAUACCGCCCGCAGACAGGCAUCGCUCCAAACUCAUAGCAGGAAAGAUAAUCCCCGCUAUAGCUACCACGACAUCUGUCGUUGCCGGUCUAGUGUGCCUCGAACUUUACAAACUCGCUCAAGGCUUUAACACCUUAGAUGGCUACAAAAAUGGCUUCGUCAAUCUAGCUUUACCAUUCUUUGGAUUCUCUGAGCCAAUAUCAGCUCCAACUAACACGUAUUACGACAAGAAAUGGACUCUCUGGGACAGAUUCGAAGUCAAAGGCGAAGUGACACUGCAGGAGUUCAUAGACUACUUUAAGAAUGAGCAUAAAUUGGACAUCACAAUGUUGUCUCAAGGUGUUUGCAUGCUAUACUCGUUCUUUAUGCCCAAAGCGAAGCGUCAAGAACGACUGAACUUGCCCAUGUCCGAGGUCGUGACUAAAGUCUCCAAGAAGAAAUUAGAACCCCAUGUCAAAGCUCUCGUAUUCGAGUUGUGCUGUAACGACGAAGACGACAACGACAUCGAGGUUCCGUACGUAAAGUACACCUUGCCUUAACACCUUAGCGUCGCAUAGAAAAAGCAAAAAAAAACAUCGUCAGGAUAUAUCACGAGCCAAAAUUAUUAAUUUAGCCGGCGAAGCACACACCGGCGCAUUUUUGUGGCAUUUAAAUGCAUAAUAGCGAUGUUUGUACACGAGUUUCAAUUACAGAGGGUAUUUUUUAAAAUUUGUCGACUUGGGAGCCCCCGCCCCACCCGAGCGACGGGCGACGUUGUACAGUGAUAGUGAGGAUUGUGUGAACAUUUUUUAUUUUGUGCUUAAGACACGCUUUUAUUGUCUACUGAUAUCUUUCAUAUAUUUAUAGUAGUAUAAUUGUUUGCUCACAUGCCGUCACGAACUGCGCUAAUUUCUUUCGUGAUUCUACAAUGAUUGAUUUUCACAAACUUUUAUGUACUUUUAAUGUUUAAAUCAGAGGGGUCUGUAUAUGGCGGAAUUAAAAAUAAAAUUAAAUUCGAGCAAA